AAGUAAUAUUAAUGGUAAUGAAUAAUAAUAAUAAUAAUAAUAAUAAUAAUAAUAAUAAUAAUAAUAAUAAUAAAAUAAUAAUAAUAAUAAUAAUAAUAAUAAUAAUAAUAAUAAUAAUAAUAAUAAUAAUACAUUUAACAUAUACAACAUUUGAUGAACUUUUGGCACGCAAGCAUCUUGUAAGAUAUAGUACAGGCCAUUCCUGCUGCUAUAAUUACUAUGUAUUUACUUUCUUAGAUUGUAAUGUGUAUAACAGUUCUUGCUCUAAAACAUAUUGUAUAUUAAUUUUAUUGAUAAAUCAUGAUAAAUUAUGAAUGAUUAUACAAAAAAAGAAAAUAAACUUGUGAAUAUUAUAAUAAUAUACUGUCACUUAUUUUUUUAUGCAGUUAGAGAAAGAUUGUAUCCACAUAGCCAAUAAACUAAAAAAUAAUCGAUUAUUCGUCGCUCUAGUUACCAUUGUCUGUUGCAAUUAAUAAUUUCAGUAUAAUCUUUUGCAAUUUUCAGAUCUUGUAUAAUUAUAUUUUUAAACAAAUCUGCAUAAAAUAAUAGCAAUAUAUACAUAUAUACCAAAAAAUGUUAAAAGAUAAGAGAUAUCAAUUUAAAAAUACUGCUGAGUCUAAUAAAGCAGAACAUAUAAAGAAUGUCGGACGAAUAUUUUUAUCCGAACCAUUUGUAUCUAUUAAUUAUAAAAAUGUUAUAUCGUAUCGGAAGAUUAAAUCUGAAACAAUAAUUGAUUCUAAUAUAAAUUACGAUGAUCUGUGUGGCCCUUGGUUUUGUACAUAUAAUCCAAUACAUGAUUAUUAUGAUUUAUUAGUUCCUAAAUUAUGCGUUUGGGAAUUAAUUUCAUUUAAAGAUAUAGCUUUCGUAAAAGAACAUCAACGAGAUAAAGAUGUAAUUUUAUCGUUUUUCAGUAAGUAAACGUGUUAUAAAUAAUGUUUUAAUACAAUUUUUUUUA